AUGACAUCCUGUCUAGCCCUGCGCAUGGCGCUGCUGCUGCUCCUCUCCGGGGUCCUGGCCCCCGCGGUGCUCACAGCCGAGGGCCCGCAGGAACAGGCGCCAACGCUGUGGAACGAGCCCGCAGAGUUGCCGUCGGGAGAAGGCCCAGCUGAGAGCACGAGCCCUGCCUGGGAGCCCGCGGCCACCGGUGACCCGGCCGCCACCGCCGCACCAGGCCCGGAGGACAGCACCGCGCGAGAGCGGCUGGACCAGGGCGGCGGCGCGCUGGGGCCAGGUGCCAUCGCCGCGAUCGUCAUCGCCGCCCUGCUGGCCACCUGCGUGGUGCUGGCACUUGUGGUCGUCGCGCUGAGGAAGUUUUCCGCUUCCUGA